UCAGUUUAAAAUGGUGAAUUACUCUUAUGAUGAAGACCUUGAGGAACUAUGUCCAGUCUGUGGAGAUAAAGUGUCUGGGUACCAUUAUGGACUUCUCACCUGUGAAAGCUGCAAGGGAUUCUUUAAGCGAACAGUCCAGAAUAACAAAAGGUACACAUGUAUAGAAAAUCAGAAUUGCCAGAUUGACAAAACACAGAGAAAACGGUGCCCUUACUGUCGGUUUCAAAAAUGUCUAAGUGUUGGAAUGAAAUUGGAAGCUGUGCGAGCUGACCGAAUGCGUGGCGGUCGAAACAAGUUUGGACCAAUGUACAAGAGAGACAGGGCACUGAAGCAGCAGAAAAAAGCCCUUAUCCGAGCAAAUGGACUGAAACUGGAAGCCAUGACUCAGGUGAUCCAGGCAAUGCCGACUGACCUGACAAUAUCCUCUGCAAUCCAGAACAUCCAUUCUGCCUCCAAAGGCCUACCUCUGAACCAUACUGCCUUGCCUCCUGCAGACUAUGACAGAAGUCCCUUUGUAACCUCUCCAAUUAGUAUGACAAUGCCACCCCACGGCAGCUUACAAGGUUACCAAACCUAUGGCCAUUUUCCAAGCCGAGCUAUCAAGUCUGAGUACCCUGACCCUUACACUAGUUCACCAGAGUCAAUAAUGGGCUACUCAUACAUGGAUAGUUACCAAACAAGCUCACCGGCAAGUAUUCCACAUCUGAUAUUGGAACUCUUGAAAUGUGAGCCAGAUGAGCCUCAAGUCCAAGCUAAGAUCAUGGCAUAUCUGCAGCAAGAGCAAGCCAACAGAAGCAAACACGAGAAGCUCAACACAUUUGGGCUUAUGUGUAAAAUGGCUGACCAAACCCUCUUCUCCAUUGUUGAGUGGGCUAGAAGUAGCAUCUUUUUUAGAGAACUUAAGGUUGAUGACCAAAUGAAGUUGCUUCAGAACUGCUGGAGUGAACUCUUAAUUCUAGAUCACAUUUAUCGGCAAGUGGUACAUGGGAAAGAAGGCUCCAUCCUUCUGGUUACUGGGCAACAAGUGGAUUAUUCCAUAAUAGUAUCCCAAGCUGGAGCUACCCUCAACAAUCUUAUGAGCCAUGCACAAGAACUAGUAGCAAAACUUCGUUCCCUGCAGUUUGAUCUACGAGAAUUUGUAUGCCUCAAAUUCCUGGUGCUGUUUAGUUUAGAUGUCAAAAAUCUUGAGAAUUUCCAGCUUGUGGAAGGUGUUCAGGAACAAGUGAAUGCUGCCCUGCUGGACUACACAAUGUGUAAUUACCCACAGCAAACUGACAAAUUUGGGCAGCUUCUCCUGCGACUACCAGAAAUCCGGGCCAUCAGUAUGCAGGCUGAAGAAUACCUCUACUACAAACACCUGAAUGGGGAUGUGCCGUGUAAUAACCUUCUCAUUGAAAUGCUGCAUGCAAAGAGAGCAUAAAUCAUACCCAUUAGAGCUUCUGCUUUCAAGGAAAAAAAUAUAUUCUGAACUGCUCCAAGCAACACUAAUUAAAACAUGGUUUUAAGACUCUGCAAAAUGGUAUAAUAAUCAAAUACUAAUAGUAAAUAAGUGAUGUAUCAGGGUAUUUGUAUUGCAAACUGUGAAUCAUAUGCUACACAUCCCCAAAGGAAUCUAUCUAGGACUUUAUACUGGAGUGAAGUGAACUUACCAAGUGGAUACUAUCACCAAUGUCAACAUGAAAAAGGACAGAAUGAUUCUUGUAUAUUUAACUCUGCUGAUUGCCAAUAUGAAGAAACUUAAGAGGAAAAAGAACUGAUCUGUAUUACCAAGCUGAGACAGUGGGGAAUUUUGAGUGCACUAAAUUCCUUUGCUGUAUAGCAGGACUUCUAAAGCAGUUCUAAUAGGUGCAAAACUGCAUCUAUAGCAUCUGUCAUCCUUCCAA